UUUACCAAAGUCUAUCCCACUUAACCCAUUCCUAGUCCUUCAAUACCAAAGAAUACGAUUGCAAAACUGCUAAAUUAUUGAUUUUAUAUAAUUUGACCUAUUUGGCCAUAUCCAUUUGCUUAUGAUGUCAAUCGCUUUACAAAAUAACACCCAUGAAUCGAACUCUACAGCUCAACGUAGCGAGCUUAAGUCGAGUGCCAGCACCAUUCCAUCGUUGAAUUCCAUUUUUCGUCGAAUGAACAUGUUUCCCCGACAAGAUUCUUUUAAGUACCCUGACAGCACGUCGCCUCAUGUUGAUGAAUUAAUGUUGCAAAUGUGCAGCGGAAGUAGUCAUUCUUCGACUGGAGAGCACACUCAAACUCCGGAACUGAGCGAUGAAUCUACAGCGAGUUUGGCUUCCUCAGACGACUCUACGUUCGCCGAACAAAAGCACCAACCCCCAAAGAAUGCUCGUGCCAGCCUUUUAAUUAAUACCAAGCUCCGCUCGCUCAGUCGUACGGCUUUUAGAUCGCCCUCCAACCCAUUUUAUCGCACUUCUUUCUUUUCGCCUAAAGAACCUUCCUCCUCUAGUGAUAGUGAUUCGUCUAUUGUCGCUACACCAACUUCUUCCAAUUCCAUUCAUUAUCAUUCAUUUGCUCCCAUCAAUGAAAUACAAAAUCUCUCGAGCGAGAGGCUGAUGUGGAUUAAGAGCACACCAUCCCAGCCCGUGGAUAUUUACGUGAAGCAGCAGAAUACCCGCCCAGAAUCAAGACUCAGCUUCUUUUCGUCCACCAAUUGGUACAAUCGCCAUAGCUUGAAGCUUUUCAAUAACCAAGUCGGCGUUUUGAAUCCCAAAGCGCAUGAAAUAUAUUCAGCUCAGCAUGGCUUUGGUGGUAUGAAAACAUCCUCCACCAUGCCAAACAUAAGGGAACCCAAAAGUGCCAAGGGUGUAUUCUAUUGUAAGAUACUCAGAGUGUCAAACAAAGCAUCAAGUAAAGAUUUGCAAAUUAGUGUUGAACUGGAAGUCAAUGGGGUCAAGCGUUCAACCAGUAGUGUGUCCAUGGCGAGAUCUGGAAAACAGUCUGCAGUUGCUACUUUUGAUGAUGCUUUUCUAUUUGAUGUCGACGGUCCAUUUACUUGCAAAAUUGCUGUGCGAGCACAAGCUGCUCGUAGUAGAAUGGCUCUACCUACGUUAGCACGAAGAAGCAGUAAUCGAAUUUCAUCCAUACAAACCUCGUCUGGCAAUGAAGUCAUAUUUGGAUUGGCCGAUCUUCAUUAUGAAAAAGUGGAAGGCAUGGAUAAAGCCAUCAAGACAUUUUCUCUUGGGAGAUAUAAUGACAGCCCUCAAGACAAAAUCGAUGGAGAGAUUGAAGUUCAACUAGGUGUGCAUUUAGACGUUGUUGGAAGAAUUCGAGAAUCCAGGAGUCAAGGAGGUCUGUCUGGCCGUGUUCACAGCGAUUACUUGACUGUAUACUCUCGUAGUAAUAUGAUACCUAAAUGGACCCGGUACUGGGCAGUAGUUGAUAACGAUGACUUGUGCUUGUAUGAUUUCACAUACCAAGAGAAAAAACCGGCGUUGGCCGUCAUUAACCUCAAUCACUUGCGUAACAUAUCUACUACCGACGAAAAAGUGAGUCUCGGUUGUACAGGAUUUUCUCUUGAAAUGGAUCCUCGAUGCGUAUCCAAGAACAGCUCCGUCACACUAGACGAGGGAGAAGCAAUAGAUUACAAGAUGCUCAUGAUCGCUGAUAGCCCAUCUCAAGCAUCCGGCUGGAGAAAUGUCUUCUUUGAGUAUAUUAGUGUUAUUCGAAACAUGGGCGUCACAGAACGACAACUCGUAUCUGACGAGGAAGACGGCAUCGAUCUACGAUUUUUAUGGUAAUCACAUCGAACAUAAAAAAAUCAAAAAUAAUUUUCCC